AUGAGCACUUUAUCAUCGUGGCUCACGGGAGGUAAGACAGGUGGAGGUAAGGAAUCCGAGAAAGAAGACGCAGCAGCCAUUGCUGCCAGGAAUGAGUUGCUCAACGUCAUAGAGGGGGCCCCACCAUCGCUUGUCAGCCAACAGGCGGACCAGUUUGCUUUUUUACGCAGCAACGCAAGACACAAGAUUGCAGAUGUGGUGCUGGCACUGACAGCAUAUACCUUCAGUGGGUUCAUUCAUAUGUACGGCCAAAGCACGGCGCUCACUACCCUCUCCAUGUGGGCUGCAGGGACCACCUUCUUUCUUAACAUGCAAGUACGAAAGGUUUUUGAGUUGGAGGAUGAGACGAGACGGAAACAAGCCGUGAUUGACAUGGGUUUGCAGGAAAAGAAUGUUUUCCAGCUAGAAGCUGUAGCCUCGUGGGUGUGGAUGCUUUCCUCCCUGCAACAGUUUAAGAUUCACAAGCGACUGAAGUACUGCGGGUACAGCAGCUGGACAGCGCUUUGUUGCUGCACUUACUUCACCUUUCGUCACAUGUACCAGAUGCUUCUCGAAGCGUAA